AUGCUCCCGGUCGUGGCGCCUAGAGCGUCCCGCUCCAGCUCGCAUGCCCCGCCGCCUCGCCGGCUAGAGCGUCCCUUCCCGCUCGUGUGCUCGCGGCCGUGGUGCUAGAGCGUCCCUCCUGGGAGCCGCGUGUGACCUUCCCGCCGCGGAGCGAUGCUGCCGGCAGCCGCUCGUCCCCUGUGGGGACCGUGUCUGGGGCUUCGCGGCGCCGCGCUCCGCCUCGCCAGGCGGCAGGUGCCCUGCGUGUGUGCUGCGCGGCAGAUGAGGAGCAGCGGCCCGCGGAGGGGCGAGGCCCUGGCCGGGGCCCCCCUGGACGACGCCCCCAAGGAGUACCCCCCGAAGAUCCAGCAGUUGGUGCGGGACAUAGCCGGCCUCACGCUGCUGGAGGUCGCGGACCUCAACGAGCUGCUGAAGAAAACGCUGAAGAUCCCGGACGUGGGACUCGUGCCCGCGGGCGCCGCCCCCGCCGCCGCCGCCGCCGCCCCCGCCGCCCCGGAGGCGGCAGAAGACGACGUCCCCAAGCAGAAGGAGCGGACGCAUUUCACCGUGCGGCUGACGGAGGCCAAGCCGGUGGACAAAGUGAAGUUGAUCAAGGAGCUCAAGAACUACAUCCAGGGCAUCAACCUCGUGCAGGCCAAGAAGCUGGUGGAGUCCCUGCCCCAGGAAGUCAAGGCCAACGUGGCCAAGGCGGAGGCGGAGAAGAUCAAGGCGGCCCUGGAGGCGGUGGGCGGCACCGUGGUGCUGGAGUAGCCCCCCAGGACUCGCGGGCGCCCGCCCCUGGCACCAGACCCCCACGGGACUUGGGGAGUGGGCUCCUGGCCUGCCGCAGACAGACGGACUCACUGUGGGGAGGGCAGGGCAGCGGCUGCCGUGGCACAGCCACCAGGGGCCUCCAGGCCGCGUGGGCUCCGGUGGGCUCCGGUGGCGGCUGAGACAAAUACACUGUUAAGGCUCCUGCAGGCUGGUUUGCUGGCGCAGCUGGGGGGGCCGCCUCCCGCCCCUGGGGUGUCCGGGGUCAGCGACCCCUGGGUGAGGCCUGAGCGGCCGUGAGGGGCAGAGUGGGUGUGAGUUUCAUGUGUCCAGACCUGGAGCCGGCAGCAGCCUUCACCCACGCGGGGAGGGUACCCGUGAUGCCUGGUGGGCGGGGCCUGGGUGCCUGGAGAAAGCUUGUCGCCAGGUGCUGGCCCCGGGGACCCCUCCCCUGCUGGCCUUGGCCAGGGGCUGACCCAGGAACCUGCAGGCCGCGCCUGGGCGCCGGAGGACGCAGUGAGGGGCCGUGUGCCUGGGGCGCGGCCACCGGCCCCUGUGGGCCCCUGGCCUGGGGCCGCAUCGGCUCUGCCCGGGUGAUUGGUUCUCCAGCAGCAAACCCUGGACAAGCACUUCCUGUCCCCUUCCCGAGGGUGGGGGAGGUGCUACACCGCAGGUGCCUGUCCCCUGAGCACCCUGCCCUGUGGCCCUGACCCUGGACCCCUGCUGACCACGCUGUGGAGUGCCGGUGGCUGGGAGACCCCAGCCUGGUCCUUCCCGGGCGCUCCGUCCCCUUGACCUGCUUCGGGCUGGAAGUGACCAACCGUACACGGGUGUGGCCAGGCAGGCUGUGAAUGCGCUGGCGGCCACCCUGGGGCCUCGGCCACUUGGCCUUGACCCUGUGGGCUCAGCUGCUGGAAGCCGCCCUGCAGCUCAGGUUCCUGUGUCAGUUCCUGGGCGGCCGUGCCCUCCCGGUCAGGUCUGGGGGAGGUCUCAGGGCCCCUGCCCUGCAGCCCGGCUUCUGGCUUGGUCCUGGACUCCAGCCUGGCCCUGCCUGGCCCACCAGCCCCUUGACCAGGGACAAGUCUGCAGCUGGGAGUUGGGGGGGCGUCAGUGUAGGAGACCCCGGCCACCCAGGCUGCUGGCUUCCUUGCUGUUGGAGCGUCUGGGGAGUGAACCAGCAGACGGGAGGCCGACCCUUUGCCCUUCAAAUAAAACUGGAGAAAGUGA